CGAACUUCAUAUCAACGCCAAAUGUUCGCUCGGAAAGAUGCAGUUAUAACCACAACUGCAGUAUGCCGAGUUGAAGUGAGGCGCAAUCCAGAAUGUGGGUCAUCGAGAGUGAUGGUGACAUCUUUAACGGCAAGCGACUCUGGCUUCGCCCGGGGAAAAGAUUUAUUUUGGGACGAACAUUAGCAGAUUCCGGCGGCUUCGCGAUCGCGAAUAAAACCAUAUCCAGGAAACACCUGGUCGUUGAAGUGGACGAAGUUAAGCCUGGAGAUUGCGCGCGCCUAAACAACCGAUCGCGAAUUACCCUGGAGGAUCUCAAUACAAAGAUAGGAACGUUGGUCAAUAAUAUUCAGAUCAGAGGCCAGCGCCAUGUACUUGAAGAUAGUGACUAUGAUAUACGAUUGGGGCAAUAUGAAAAGAUUUUCAGAAUUCGAUGGAUUCCAGUUGUCUUGACAUUUUCCUUCACUGGAAAGGAACUCCGCAACAACCAGAUUUCCUCGUUCGUUGAACUCCUGGAGCGCCUCGAUAUAAAGGUUCUCGUUGAAUAUGCGCACCAAAGUACAACCCAUGUCGUGGCUAAAAAGCGCAACACAUCCAAAGGGCUCCAGGCACUCAUCAACGGGAAAUACAUCGUCAACCACUCCUUUAUCGAUGCAAUCGUCAACGUUACCACGGCAGAUCCUGGCGCUGAAUCAGCUCUUGAAUCAGAUUUUGACUCAAAUUGGCCAAAAGAACUUGAUCAUAUCCCCCCAAUGGGCCCCGAACAGACGGACCGACCAUCCUCGUCAUACCAACCAGACCCUGCAAGGUUGUCCAUUUUCGAGGGCUAUACGUUUGUGUUCUACGAACAGUCGCAAUUUGACAAUCUAAUUGCGCCAAUAACGAACGGCAAAGGGAAGGCUUUGCUCCAUCAGGUAAAUCCAGCUAGCACAACAGCAGAGGAGUUCGUGCGAUAUGUGAAGAAUGUCGCAGGAGAAAAAGGCGCGGGCGAAUUUGAAGAUGGUAGUACUGGGACAGGAGUGGUGGUUGUGAGAUACCAACCCGUAAAAGGGCUAACAUUGCCAUUUUACUCGGACUUCGGCCAGCAAGUUUCAUUGCAGCUUGAUCACCGAUUAAUUGAGCAAAGCGAGUUCUUAGAUGCUAUUUUAAACAACGAUGCCAGUGUGCUACGGAGGCCCCUCGAGGUUGAAUCGUCCGUCGUACCAGCAAUGUUGACGACGGAUGAGCCUCGCAGAACCAUUACGAGUGCAUUGGAAGAGAAGGCAGAAGCUAAACCUUCUGUAGUAGCACGUCGUACUCGUUUCUCUAGAAGCUCAGAGGAGAAGCAGCCGCCCUCAACUGAAACCGUUGAGCCACCAGCAAGGCGAGUGGGAAGGUCGAGAAGGGCAGUGACCAGCAGGUUUACUGGCUUCGACGACGAGUUUGAUGGUGGUAACACUGAUAAGCCAAACGAAACUAUUGUACCGGCCAGCAACUUGCGACCACAAGAUUCUUCAGCCAUGGACUACCAGAAUACCACUGAAGUUGACCAAGCUGUAGUAUCGCAGGAGCCACGAGUGCGCACGAAGCGCCCACUCCCACAGGUGCUGGAAUCAGACAAUGAGGAUAUCAUGGAUCAACUUGCUCCAGCCGCGGCGAAACUGAAACGGUUGCGACUUGCUAAUGGAGAACCAACACCACCCCCUGGUCAACCUUUGGCAGCAGCGGAACCAAAAGCAUGUUCCGCAGAGCCGAAGGAGGCCGCAAAGAAACCCCGGAAACUCAAGAAAGAAGCCGAUGCUCCUGCAUACUUGCAACAAGGGACGGAAACCUCUCUCACAAACUCCCAGCUAGAUGCCUUGGGUGAGGGCGCUGAAGAUGUGGAUGCUGCCGAAGUCCGGAACCUCUCGUCGAUUAAAGAAAUUGAAGUCAAGCGCCCAGGUGCAGCAGUCCAUGCGAGAGAAGAGGCCAGAAGUGAUCGCUGGGAUGAGAAGUGGAAUGGCCGUCUGAAUUUCAAGAAAUUCAGGAGAAAAGGGGGAGAUAGGCCACCCGCCGCACACAAAGUUAUUGUGUCGCUGGAAGUGGCGAAGCAAAAAGAUUUCGGCAUUGGUAAUAGUUAUUGGCUUAAGAAUGAUAAAGCAUCCCAGUUGAGAAAGAAGGACAAGUCGCAAAGAACUAGCAAAAACGAGUCGCCUGUCCAAUCUCAGACCCUGACGACGAGAAGCGAUGUCGAAGAAUCUAUUAUGGACUCAUCUAACCAACGGCCAUCACUCUCAAAGUCGGCGAGGGAUACUAGGAAAUCAGAGAGCCUACCAAAUAGCGGUCACUCUGGCCGAUCUGCGUCGAACAAGAGACCUUCUACCGAAGCUUUGAUGAACCCACACCCAGUUAAAAAGGCGAAGCGCCCCUUUCAGAAAGAAGACAGUGAUGACAGUGAUGACGGGCUUGGGUUCCGGUUCCAGAAGAGAAAAUGAGGACAGUUUAAUUAGGGCCGAUUAUUACUCCCUACGAAAGCUGAUGUGUGGAUCCAGCUUAUGUUGUCCAACAGCUGAACUGAAACCGGUCUAUAUUACCACCACACUUGAUCAGCCGGAUCCUAGUAUGGCUCUACGAGGCCAAUACGCGAUUAAGUACUCUCACCCUCUUCAGAUCCGUCCCAGACUGUCCUACGUCGAUCGUAGGCAUCGUCAGGAUACAAGUUGAGGGACGCGACCGUGUAAGUCCAUAAUAUGGCAUCAGUAUUGCCGUCUCCUGUUAAAAAAUGCAAGGAAGAGGCCGUGCGGGUUGAGAGAAAUUCUGAGCGAGGGCCUGUGGAACAGUUUGUCGGAGAGGGGCCUUUCUGUCCAGGGCCUGCGAGCUUAUGGGCUAUUUAUUAUAUAAUACACUCAUAUCGAGUGGAAAUGAUAAUCUUCACCCUAUAAAGUAUAUAUUGACCUCAAACCCCUCGAUACGAUCAUAAUCAUGUAAACAAAAAUUUCUUGCAACUCGCACAGGAUUGACAACCGCACGAGGUCCAAAGGUGGCAU